CCUUCUUGGGCGCGGGGGUGGACUUAGCCGGCUCGGGCAUUUUGACAGCACUGUUCUACCCGGAGGAAGCUCAGCACACAAAAUGGCCGCAGCGCCCGCUAUUUAUACAGACGCGUAUGCAAAUUUACGGCAUCAGCUCCGCGAAAUGCGAUUGGCCCUUCCCGUGCCGGGCGAGCCUCUGCCGCCGAUUGGUCCCAAUACGAUCCGUCCGCUCAUUGGUUCUUUCGGCAGAGCCCGGUUCCAGCCAAUGGCCGCGGGAGCGUCCCGCCCAGGGAAGGGAUAAAAGGGCAGCGGCGGUUGCGUCAGGACGAUUGUCUCGUUUCACUCCGUGCCCGCCUCUCUUUGUCAACGCUUCCAGCAUGUCCGGCCGCGGCAAACAGGGAGGCAAGGUCCGAGCUAAGGCGAAGUCGCGCUCGUCGCGGGCCGGGCUGCAGUUCCCCGUGGGCCGCGUGCAUCGACUUCUCCGGAAAGGUAACUACGCGGAGCGUGUGGGCGCCGGAGCUCCCGUCUACAUGGCGGCCGUGCUGGAGUACCUGACGGCCGAGAUCCUGGAGCUGGCGGGCAACGCGGCCCGCGACAACAAGAAGACGCGCAUCAUCCCCCGCCACCUGCAGCUGGCCAUCCGCAACGACGAGGAGCUCAACAAGCUGCUGGGCAAGGUGACGAUCGCGCAGGGCGGCGUUCUGCCCAACAUCCAGGCCGUGCUGCUGCCCAAGAAGACGGAGAGUCACAAAGCCAAGAGCAAGUAAAUUUGGCGAGCAAAGCCGCUCAGACUUUGUGCGACAUAACAUUUAAAACAAAAGGCUCUUUUCAGAGCCACCCACGUAGUCAGAAAAGAGUUGUGUUGCUUUCUUUAUAAAGGUGCUCUGGUGCUGAGUCUUCCCUAGUUCUAAAUUUAACUUAGACGCGAACUUGUGUUUCGGUCUUGUAAAACUUUGGUUCUACUGAAGAGGGCUGAUACAUUUGCUUUCUACCCCGUGUUUCUAAGUAAAUGUUAAUAUUUUUAUAA